CGGGGAGCCGAGGCGCUGCGGCUGCAGAUCCGCUCCGUGCUGUCUGAGGACCCGCUUGUCCAUGCGCGCGAGGGCCGGGGCGCGGGCCGGAGAGCCUGAGAGGAUGGAGCCAAGCACCUGCAAGACCAGCGAAACAGAGGAAGACUACAUGGGCGAGGAGGACUCUGAGGAGGAGUGUGCUACAGGGGAAACGCCCAUCCCUGCCAACCCUUCUCGGCAGGAGCUCUCAAGGGCUGACUGCGAGGCCCCUGGGAGUGGAGUUCCCCUAUCCACUGUCGCCAAGAAAAUCCCAAAGAAAGCCACAGGCCCGCUUAACUCAGAGGACUUAGAAACCAGGAGGAGAAAGAGAAGGCGGAAGCGCAGACCCCUGGCCAUCAACCUGACCAACUGCAAGUACGAGAGUGUGCGUCGCGCAGCCCAGAUAUGCGGCCUGAAGGAGGUAGGGGAGGACGAGGAGUGGACUGUGUACUGGACAGACUGCUCUGUCUCGCUGGAGCGAGUCAUGGACAUGAAGAGGUUUCAGAAAAUCAACCACUUCCCUGGCAUGGCAGAAAUCUGCCGCAAAGACCUGCUGGCCCGGAACCUCAACCGCAUGCAGAAGCUCUACCCCGCCGAGUACAACAUCUUCCCCCGCACCUGGUGCCUCCCUGCAGACUACGGGGACUUCCAGGCCUAUGGGCGUCAGCGAAAGACCCGCGCUUACAUCUGCAAGCCCGACAGCGGCUGUCAGGGCCGCGGCAUCUUCAUCACCCGAAACCCCCGGGACAUCAAGCCAGGAGAGCACAUGAUCUGCCAGCAGUACAUCUCCAAGCCCUUCCUCAUUGACGGCUUAAAGUUCGAUAUGCGGAUCUACGUCCUGAUCACAUCCUGCGAUCCGCUUCGGAUCUUCAUGUACGAGGAGGGCCUGGCCCGCUUCGCCACCAUGCCCUACGUGGAGCCGAGCCACAGCAACCUGGAUGACGUCUGCAUGCACCUGACCAACUACGCCAUCAAUAAACACAAUGAGAAUUUCGUCCGGGAUGAGGCCAUGGGCAGUAAAAGGAAGCUGUCCACGCUCAACACCUGGCUGCAAGAGCACAGCUACGACGCGCGGGAGCUGUGGAGGGGCGUCGAGGACAUCAUCGUCAAGACUGUCAUCUCCGCCCACUCUGUCCUUCGCCACAACUACCGGACCUGCUUUCCCCAAUAUCUGAGCGGAGGCAUCUGCGCCUGCUUUGAGAUCCUUGGUUUCGACGUCUUGCUGGACCACAAGUUGAAGCCCUGGCUGCUGGAGGUGAAUCACUCUCCAAGCUUCACCACUGACUCCCGCCUUGAUCGAGAAGUGAAGGAUGCGCUUCUCUAUGACGCCAUGACCCUUGUCAACCUCCGGGGCUGUGACAAGAGGAAGGUGAUGGAGGAGGACAAGCGGCGGGUCAAGGAGCGGCUUUUCCAUGGCCACCAACAGCCGCGAGAAGCCAGGCGGGAACAAAUUGAGUCAUCCCGCGCGGCGAUGCUGGACCAGGAGCGCUACGAGGACUCCCACCUGGGGGGCUACCGGCGGAUCUACCCCAGGUCAGACAUGGAGAAGUACGCGCCCUUCUUCAAGCACAACGGCUCCCUCUUCCAGGAGACGGCUGCCUCCAAGGCCAGGGAGGAGUGCGCCAGGCAGCAACUGGAAGAGAUCCGCCUGAAGCAGGAGCAGCAGGGGUUCUCGGGCUGUAAGAGGCGAAGGGAAAACAGGGACCAGAACCAGGGAGAAUCGGCGGGGGAGAAGAGCGCCCCCAGGGCCCGGCUGCGCAACCUCUCCAUCCACCUGGCCUACCGGAACCGCCGCCGCGAGCAGGAGCAGCCCCCAGUGCACCUGGACACCACACAGCCUCAGGAGAUCGUGGAGGAGGAGGAGAUGGAGCGCAUGAAGGCCCUGCUCGAGAGGGAGAAUCUCAUCCGAAGCCUGGGGAUCGUGGAGCAGCUCACGCACAUGCUGCACCCCAGCCACCGGAGCCAGAAAAAACUUCCUGAGUUUCGGCCUAGAUUUCACCAGGACGGGCUGGGCAGUCAAGAACUGCAAUCCGUGAAUCUGGUUCCACUGGUCCUCCUGAGAGGGGCCACCAAAAAGCAGGGUCCUCAUUUCCUGCACCCAGUCCGGCCCCACGCCUUGAUCCCCAGGAUCUUAAGGCCACUGCCAAGCACCAAUGCUGCAAUGCCACCUCAUCCUCGGUGCCACCUACGGCCCAAGAACUUCCACUGGAUAGAAGAUCCAGCAGCCGGUGGCUCCUAUUCACUGUUAGUGAAGAAACCUGGAAGGCGCUAUUUUCCCAGCGCCAGAGUCAGGUUCACUGGCCAAGGCCAAGCCAGCAGGAGGCUAGAAGCCAUAAGCCGAGCCCUGGCAGGAUCCGUGCCACCCUCCCUGGCCUCAGCGCAGGGCUGUCUUCCGCAGCGGGAGCGGGCGCCGAGCGGCUCGGGGCCCGGGGGCGCCGUGCCCUCCGCGGGCGACGCUGAGCUCGGCGCGGACGAGGCCCGGAACGUCGCCCUCUGCCCGGGCUCGGUGCCCGCGCUGCAGCGGCCCCCCGCGCUCCUGGCCACCCGCCACCCCCGGUAG